AUGGCAACGAGAAACACCCCCAGCCCUAGGCCCACUAUGCCCGUAGGAACUGCCCAAGGUGAUCCCGGGGAAGCCAGUGUGUUAAUGAAUCUCGAUGGAAAAUCCAUGGAUAAUGGGACACCGACCCAGAUGAAGAUGAAACCGAAGAAGACAAGAAAGGUCAAGGCGCUGAUCAUCGACCUCGGCUCCCAGUACUGUAAAUGCGGCUACGCAGGAGAACCGAGGCCCACCUACUUCAUCUCAUCGACCGUAGGCAAGCACUUCCAGGAGACUGCCAACUCGGGAGACAACCGGAAAGAAACCUACGUGGGACACGAACUUCUGAACACGGAAGUACCCCUCAAGCUGGUCAACCCCCUCAAACACGGCAUAGUGGUAGACUGGGACUGCGUCCAGGAUAUCUGGGAGUACAUCUUCCAAUCGGCCAUGAAGAUCCUCCCAGAGGAGCACGCCGUUCUCGUUUCCGACCCUCCGCUGAGCCCCAGCAGUAACCGGGAGAAGUACGCCGAACUGAUGUUUGAGACUUUUAGCAUCCCAGCUAUGCAUAUCGCUUCUCAGUCCCUGCUGUCCAUCUACUCCUACGGCAAGACCUCAGGACUGGUAGUAGAGAGUGGCCACGGCGCCUCCCAUGUUGUGCCCAUCUCCGAGGGGGACAUCAUGCCAGGCUUGAUCGGCCACGUGGACUACGCCGGGUGCGACCUCACCAAUUACCUCAUGAAGCUCUUGAAUGAAGCUGGGCACAAAUUCACCGACGAACACCUACACAUUAUGGAACACAUCAAGAAGAAAUGUUGUUAUGCGGCCUCCAACCCAGAGGAAGAGUUCAGCUUGCCCCUCGAAGACCUACGUGUAGACUAUGAGCUCCCAGACGGGAAACUGAUUACUAUUGGCAAGGAAAGGUUCUUGUGCUCUGAAAUGCUCUUCAAGCCCUCCCUAGCUGGCGCCAGUCAGCAGGGGCUGCCUUCUGUGACCGCCGCCUCUCUCAACAAAUGCGAAGCCUCCUUUAAAGAGGAGAUGAUGGCCAAUAUCCUCCUCUGUGGGGGCUGCACCAUGCUGGACGGCUUCCCUGACCGCUUCCAGAGGGAACUGAGUCAGCUCUUUCCCAAUGACAGUCCCCUCGUGGCAGCAGCACCAGAGAGGAAAACGUCCGUUUGGACCGGAGGCUCCAUCCUAGCCUCCCUCCAAGCCUUCCAGCAGCUCUGGGUCAGCAAAGAGGAAUAUGAAGAACGGGGGAAUGCUGCAAUCUACAGCAAAUGCUGA